AUGCCUUCGCCUUUUAUUCUCGUUUGUCCUGCAUCGCGAGGGCUGUCGUUCGCUCUGACACGUCACCUACUCAAGACAACCACUUUACCCGUCUACGCGACUCAUCGCUCUGGCGAGCCAGAAACACUCAAGCAGAAAAUCAUUUCACAGCUCGAUGUAGAUCCAACGCGACUGAAUCUCUUGCCUCUGGACCUGACCUCCGAAAGUAGCAUCUCGCAUGCAGCGGAAAGCCUUGCGGCAUCGCUCAAAUCGCCCAACGAGUCAUUCAUCCACACCGCGUUUCUUACUGGAGGCAUUCUGCAUGCGGAAAAGCAACCCCAGGAUCUUGACCUAGGCGAUAUCAAAUCCACGUUUGACAUCAACGUCAUCUCUCAUCUUCUCCUCAUCAAACACUUCUCCCGCUUCCUCCCUUCGUCGCAGAUGAAGAAAUCCAUGGGGAACGGGCCCACCAAAUGGGUACACAUCUCUGCACGCGUUGGGUCAAUUUCUGAUAACCGCCUCGGAGGAUGGUACUCUUAUCGCGCCUCGAAAGCGGCGUUGAACCAAGUCGUCAAGACGUUCGACUUGCAUCUCGCGCAGAAGAACAUUCCUGCGAUUUGUGUUGGUAUGCAUCCGGGGACGAUGAAGACGGACCUGAGUAAGGACUUUUGGGGAGGAGUGCGUGAAGAUAAGCUGUUUGAGCCGGGCGAUGCUGCGGAGAAGGUUGUGAGCGUUGUCAACGACCUAGGAGAAGAGCAUCGAGGGCGCAUCUGGGACUGGGAACAGAAGGAGGUUUUGCCUUGA